AUGGAACAUACUGUAUGCAAGCCUCUUCAUUCCACGUGCACCGAAAUGCAAACGCAAGAGCAAAUGCAGGCAAAGUGGGAAGGAGCUGCCUGGAAUAGUAAGUGGUUGGUCAGAUUGGGGAGAGAAAACACAGCAGGAAGUCACGACUCAGGCCAAUACCUGGAUGCCCUGACACUUUCAUGCACGAAUGCAGCCUGGGAAGUACCAACCAGUCAAGGACGUUACAUGGUUCUGUCAUGGCAAUAUGGUCAAGUGCAAGGAGUCAGCACCAUUGAACUUGACGCCUUUGUCCAGACAGGGACGGACAAGACAAGACGCUUGUCAUGUCUGUCGAUGCUCAAUACCCAUCACCGACCACUGAAACUGCAUACAGAUAUUAAUACUCGAUACGGAGUACAAUUACGUCGCAACCUCAAGCACCGCAACUCGUAUUGUACAUUACACGCUUCAGCCAGGGGUACGGAGGGUCCAGAGGGUCCAGAGGGUCCAGCGCUGAGGAUCAUGAGGGUCUCACGACCCAGUGAAGAGGAACAUGCUCCGGGGGAGAGUCAAAUUGAGCAAUUCGGUGCAGGGGUGGGAGGGCAAGACAUGCAAGGCUCGGAGUACUCUGGAACAGAAGAUGGAAGAGGGGUCGAGGUUCGUUCAUGUGCUUGGUUAUUUCGUGGUGUUUUGACAACAGCAGGCGGGCAGAAUAGUGGUCAUGAGCCGAACUCAUGA